AUGCAUGGACACGUGCCGAUCCUGCACCAGAUUGCCAUUUAUUGGGCUCACACGAAAUCCAUGAAACCCAAGGGGAUUACGAAGCAACAGGAACAGCAGGCCAAGAUGGCCAUGAAAGCUGACUCCUCUCAAUGGUCAGCCUACUUGCAAGCCUCUGCGGAUGUAAUGCAAUCCAGCCUGGACCAAGUUUUGACCUCAGCUGCCACUGCUAGUAAUGACUUGACAGUAUGGCAUCAGGAUGUGAACCAUUGUUUUCAUGCUUUUUUUCCACCCAUGAGUGCCAUCACCACCAAACAGCCUUGGAAACAAACCAACGAUCUCAUUCUCAACAAAUUCGAUCUUGUACUGGAUCAGGUCAGACAUGCCAAUUUUUGUGAUGUGGUUCAAGCUGCAGAGGAAGCUGCACAGAAACAUGACAUGCACAAGAUGUUUAGUCUGAUCAACCGCCAUGCACCCAAAACUGCACGGCGCAGGAUCCAAUUCAGGAAUGCCGAUGGCCACAUUGCCAGUCCCUGUGAAGAGCUCAGGAUCAUUCAAGACUUUGUGCAAGACAUCUGGGGUGGCCCUGCUCAUAUCCCCGUCAAGUUUUCACAGGCUCCUGGCGUGCCCUUCACGCCUUCUGACCUUGAACGAGCCUUGAGCCGGAUUCCAUUGAAUCGCGCUGUAGCGCAUCCAUUUGCUCCUGGUAUUGCCUGGCGCUUCCAGAGCACUGUGAUUUUUGCAGAGUUGCACGCCAUUGUGUUGCCGUACAACAGCUUGUUGCUUCCCAAAGACCGACCCCACAUGCCAGGGCUGCAGGUCACAUGUGAUCAUGCAUAUCGCACUGGCCGCACCAAUGCACAGGUUUUCUCUAAAUAUCAGAUUCCCACACCGCUGCAGCAAUUGCGAGCUGCUUCCGAGCAACUUUUGCAGUCUGCUUGCUGCAUGAUGGGAGACUCCAUGACGACAGCGCAGGAUCUUCUGGCCCAACACCAAGUCUUGGAAACCUUCAAGGGCCUGGCGCCACUACUGGGUCAAGUGGCACUGCAGCCAAAUCCAAGAGAGUCAAAACGCUCCAAAACCCAACAUGUGCAGCCGAUGCAACAGGAUGCGCCGAUGAACCAGGAGCAGCGCAAGACCAACCAGCUCCCUCUGACCACCCUGCGCCAGCAUCUGACCCAGAGCCUCUUCACAGACCUGCUGACCAGAGUGACCAAGCUGUCGGAGACCAAACCCGAGGAUCAGCUCUUCCAGGUGUCAAUUCAGACCAAUCUGAUCGACGAGAAGGGCAAUUGGGCGUACCUGGACUGGGAUCACACAGCCCAGAGCUUGGUGAAGAGCAGCAAGAAGCCCAUCAGCAUGACACAGAUGUUGCAGUUUUGCCAGGAACCGGUGGAAGUAUUUCGCAGCCCGGAUCUGGUAGUGUGCUUCCAGUCCCUUCAGAGCAGUGCGAACACCACGGUCAGUCCAUGGCGCCUCCAACUGAACCCCCGUGCAGACCGGGAAUGGGAAUUGAUGGAGACACUGUGCCGCAGCAGCGUAUGGACGCUGAUUGGAACGAUGCUCAAACCGCACACCCAGCUCCAAAGCGGCCUAGCCAAUGCCAUCCAACAAUCCCUGGGACACAGACCCCCGAAGGGCAAAGGGAAAGGGAAGCUCAAGCAGAAGAACCAGAAUCAGGACCUGGCAUGGUUCGAUCGUAUCUUGCAAAACUGGGGUUCAUUCAGAGGCUUGCAGAGCGAAAGUCAGCAGGACUCCUCUGAAUUCACGGCUGCAGCACUCACAUGGCUGCAAGCCCCUGCAGUCAACAUGACUUGGGAGCGCCGCCUGGAAGAAAGUGGUGUGACUCAUGCACAUGAUCAUGGUGACACAUGGCUCAUUAGCUGUGCUGUUGCCAUCCUGAGUGCUCUUUGCAUUUUCAUCAUGUCUCAUCAUGCUACCUGGAAUGGGGGUGAGGGUUACUUCAGUACGUCAUGGACUGAAGUGGGAGCCAACUUUAAUGCCGAAGAUCUCCAUUGCCUCCUGGCGGCGAAAUCACAUGACAAUGCACUGCCAAGGGGCUACGGCCCAGUGGAUUGCAAUACGCCUUUACGGAAACUCACUGGUGUACAGAAGAGAAGCCUACAACGUGCAUAUGCAAGAGCUCAGAUUCAUGGCAGACGUAUUGGCCACCUGCGCAUUCAUUUUCACAAGAGGGCAUUUGACCUGAUUGGAUGUUACCAAUAUCCAGCAGCACGCAGUGUUGAUGGAGCUGCCAAAUCCGUGACCUUUUUCCCUGAUGCACCCUUUUUGUUGGCACAGGCCGCGGAGUUAGACAAGGAUGUCGCUCAGAUUGGAACUCUUCUUGACGUUCUCGAAGAGAUGGGCCUGAAGUUGUCGCUCGAGAAGACUCAUGUCCUGUUGGCUAUCAGCGGCACCAAUUGCAGAGUGAUCUUGCGGCAGCUUGUCAAAAAAGGUGAUUCUCGAUCACACUACAACUGCUGGACGCCUGAUGACACUGAACAGGCAGUUCACAUGAGCAACCGGGAGAAGCGACGCUGCGAUGUGAUGUCUGCGGACUACAAUGCCAGGUUUGACCCGUUACGGCAACCAACAGAUGCACCCAUUUCUCACACUUGGCAGGAGAUGGUUCAACAGGGAGCCUUGGAUGAGCUACGCAAGGCACCAAUGCAAUCCAUCUUCAGCACCAGUGCCCUGUUUUACAUCAGAUUUGCUUUUUGCUCACGUGCACACAUGGAGUUGGAACCGCAGCUCACUCAGGAGGAUUCAGAGAUGCUGGAGGCCUUCAAACAUCUCGGUCCUCUCCUGAUGUCACGAUACGAGCGGCCAGACGACGCUCGCGAGCAGAAGAAAAUGAAGAAGGAGCAGGGCCAACCAGAAAACAAGGGAGGAGACGCUUUGAAACUUCUGCAGGCAAUGGGGGCCCUGCUGAUUCGCGUGGAUGCCGAGCAACAGGUGCUCAAGCGACAAGAUUGCUGGAUUUGCUUCAUGCAAACCGAGCCCCAAGCCCUGCUGCCCUCUCUGAUCCAGAAAGCAACAGAAUGGCAUCAACAGAGGAAAACGGGCAACAUGACUCCGGACGAACAGCUCUUGCCGCUGCGCUGUCAUCUGACACAGCACCUGGCGGACUUCCUGAUGCACAGACUCCUCAAGUUGUCCCAAUGCAAGGAGAACGACCCAUUGAGGACCACAGCCAUCGCCCAUGGAGCACUGACACAGGAGGGGAGCUUUCCUUAUCAACGAUGGCAUCAGGCAACACAGCAGCUGAAGACCACAUCACAGGAGCCCAUCACGAUGGCACGCAUGCUCAAAUAUGGAGAACAACUCCAGGCCAUCAUGAAGGACCAGAGCGCCAUAGCCAAGUUUCAUUCUCUGAAGCCCCAGGCCGCCGAGACGGUUAUCCCUUGGCUGAUGCAGGUCUCAAUGAGGCACGACGAGCUGCAGACGCUCCUGACGAUUCUCCAUGGCAACACGGUUUGGAGCUUGGUGGGUAUGUCAGUGAAACCUCACUCACAGAGCCACAGCCGACCUGCCCAACACCUCAUGGAAUUGCUGGGCAAGGGUCAAGGGAAGAGCAGCAUUCUGUUGUCUUCAGACUCCGAUGCCAUUGAACUUGCCCAUUUCCCAUGCUUUCAAGAGGUUCUUAACACAUGGCAUGGUGCUGGUGGCCAGGGUGAUCCUGUUGAGUUCAUUGCACACAUGAUGCGUGCGUUUCAGUUUGAGGGGAUCAACUUGCGCUGGGAGAAACGUGUCCAAGUUGGCCAACUGAUCAACUGUCUUGAUGAAAGUGAUCGCUAUGCCCCGCUGAUCUUGCAAUUUGAUCCAGCUGUGCUUCAAGGUGAUAAAAUCACACUGCAACAGAUGCUGCGUGAUUGGUCCAACCAAGAUGGUAUGAUGCGUGCUCUCACAAAUGAUUCCUCAAUAAUUUGUGUGCAGAUUGACCGCAACGUGCGCUCAGGUGAUGGACGAAUUGCAAAGUGUGACAUCGCAGUGAACUUUCAUUGGGGUAUUCAACUUCCUUUCUUUCUUGCUGAUGACUUGCAGGUUGAUUGGCGGUACUACAAGGUGGUUGCUGCCUUGUCACACCUAGGCACAGAUGAAGCUGGCCAUUGCAGGGCCCUACUCAAGGUGCAGAUGCAGGCUACCAUAGCUCAACCAUAUAUGUUUCUUUUGACAGACGAUUGGGUCAAAUCCACACCGAUUUGGAGAGAACCAGACUGGUUCCAUCGCAAUACGACCUGUUUCUGGCUGUGCAAACAUGAACAUGUCUCCCUUUAUGAUCUGCAACCUGACCAGAUUCCACAGAUUUUGCGUCCUCCGGACCCACCGCAGCCGUGCCUGGGAGCAACUGACUUAUUGCAAAUGUUUGCUGCUGGAACCGAUGAAGCUGUAAUGGAUGGUUAA